AUGGAUGUUUCAGGUAGCUCCGUGGCUGACUCAACCUUUCUUCCCUCCUUCUGUAAGUGGACAGAUAAAGAGGGACAUAAAAAGAGCUGGACAGUGAGGAAGAGUCAGAGCAGUGUCCUCCACAGACACCGCCAGACACAUCUGUCCAUUAACUGUGAAAUCUUGCGAGAGCCUUCUGAGCAGAAACUUUUAUCAUCUUCAUCCUCCACCAAAGCUGCAGAGGGUGAUUGGUCCCCCAACAUGCUCCACCCACUGCUCUACCUGAGUGCUCUCAUCGCAUUGACAGAUUCAUUUACUGUCAACACAGAGUUCAACCUCGACUCAUGUAACAUCACAUACUAUCAACAAACCUACUCCAAACUCUACACAAACUUCACACAAGAGGCCUUUGUGAUCUGUUUCGAUGACUUUUACAACCCUCAGACAAGUCAAGACUGUAUUAUUGGACCAAGACCCAGGAUUAGCCUAGCUUUUUAUUCCCAGCUACCACCACAACCAACAUAUGAAUCAACCAUCCAGGAAAAUGUGGCCACGAUUUCAAACAACAUUACAUGCUCUGUUAAGUUUGACAUGGUGGUCGAUGGGAACAAUGUUGCUAUAAUUUUAUCCAGUUUUGGUUCAGAAUCAGCUCUGGAAUUAUAUUCAACAACUCUAAAUUCAGUGACUUGUGAAGUUAUAGUCAAUGCUGGAGUAGUUGAAACUCUUGUUGCUGAUUCACUGCUACCCAACGCAUACACAGACAUCAGCGGUUGCAGAAUCUCAGAGGGCGGCAUUAAACCCAAUAGCUUAACAUAUUUUCCAACAACCUGCACCAAUGCCUCAUGCAGCAUCACCAGAUCUGUCAUGACCACAGGCUGUGGUAACCAGGAACGUUGUGAUGGAAACAGCAUCUGCUUGAUGAUGAACACCUGCACUGUGACCGGCCCCACUAUCAUUGACAUCCACGGCACAUUUAACUCUGUUGGGGAUCGGUGUGCGUACUCUCUGGUGUUGGAUUCAUGGGUUCCAGGCUUUGAAAUACUGGCUGUGUUCAGGGAACGGCGACGUUCGGAUGUCAGCUUUUUGGAAAGUUUGACGCUGCGAUUCAUCAACUCAAGCACUGACGUUUUACUGGGACAAGGCGGGAAAGUCCUGGUGAACGACUCCCUGCAGACCCUCAACAGCACAGUCCAAGAGGUUCAUGGAGUUGAGCUCUCCAAAGACCAAACUGGAGUCCAUGCCAAUGUGAUGUUGUUCAAAUACUUUGUUUUUGUUUACUUUGAUGGCAACACAGCACAGAUCAACAUUGAAGUACCAGUUGGAUCAGCUUUGGAUGGCCUGUGUGGAAACUCCAACACUUUUUCAAGUGCAAAGCUUUUUAAUGACAGCUCCUCUGGCUGUGAGAUCCUGUAUACUGAACCUGCUGAUAGUACGAUCAACUGCACCAUUAUGACUGAAAGCUGUAACAUCCUGAAGGACACGCCAUUCUCCACCUGUAACACAGAGGUGGAUCCAGCUCCCUACAUAACUGCCUGCAGUGAGACUUUGUGCAAAUAUCCUGCAGUAGACGGUCUCAAGUGUCAGUUCCUGUGGAGCUAUGCCAGGGUCUGCAGCCUGAAAAACGCCACCUUGAACGACUGGUGGUUAGAGGCUGGGUGCUCUCCUCCUGAGGACUUUUGCCGGGACAAGUUCUGCAGUAAUCAUGAGUUCUGCGGCAUAAAGUACAGUGGUCUACCUGGCUGUCUCUGUAGAGCUGUCUUUGCCUCCAGUUACAGAGAGUCGAACACUCUGGGUGAUCCAGUGGUCUGCACAGUAAAUUCUGCCUCAGUCAGUCUGGUGGGUUGUCUCCUGGAGGAAGAAAACAUUGACUAUUCUCUCCUACACCUCAAUGAUGAGACUUGCAAGGGUGAAAUGGACCAGGAGAGUGGCAUGGUGACUUUCAGCUUUAACAGCAGCAACACCUGUGGUGCAGUGAUCACGGCCAACAACACCCAAGUAACCUACAAGAACACCAUCACGGCCGACAGCAACUCUUCUGAUGUCAUCAUUCGCCAUUAUCAAUUCGACAUCGACUUCUCCUGCAUCAUUUUUCAGCCAGGACUCAACACUAUGGCCUUCAGAGUCAAAGACAACUCUGUGGUCCAGCACGUCACAUAUGGAGAGUUGAAUUACACUGUAACCAUGAAUGCCUACACCAAUGCCGACCGAACACAAAUUGUGGAUUCUAACACUUACGUGAUGCUAAACCAGAAGAUCUGGAUGUGCUUGGAAACUAAAGGCUUGGAUGCAAACUUGAUCUCUGUGGUGACUGACUUCUGCUGGGCAACUAACCAGAAGUCAUUUAAAAGUACUCCGAGACAUGACCUGAUCCAAAAUGGCUGUGCAAACACUGCUGACCAGACGGUGACGGUAGAGAGAAACGGAGAUGGAACCUCCAGCUUCUUCUCCUUCAACAUGUUGCAGUUCAAUAGGAGGUCUACUGACGUCUAUCUGCACUGCAAACUGAAGCUGUGUGUCAAUGAGGGGACCAGCUGCAUCCCGGAUUGUUCUGGUGGAGCUAGAAAAGGCAGAUCUGUCCAUCUCACACAUGAACCAGAAGUGUUUGUGACUUUGGCCUGGAGUAAUACGAUAAGGUUGUUUCUUGGUGAAAUGGACUGAUAAGCAGGCUGCUGACUUCCCUGAUGAUCCCUGACUUGGACGGUCUCAACCCGAACCUCUGAUGUGUAAACAGAUUUCAGCUCCUGCAGGUUUUCAUUUGAACAAAACUUAUAUAAUCUAUGUUUGAGCUAAACUGUUAAAACAGAAAUAAUAAUCAGACACCAUACUGCACCACACCUCCUGGUUUAAAAUCUC